AUGAAGAAGAUGAUUGGGAUUCCUGGAACAAUGAGUGGACUGAUAUUGAGAUUAGGUCAAUGUGCAACUGCUGCUACUUCGAUUGGUGUUAUGGUUUCUGCUCCUGGCUUCUCUAGUUACACUGCUUUCUGCUUCUUAGUUGCAUCUAUGGGACUUCAAAUGAUAUGGAGCUUUGGACUUGCGUGUCUUGACGUAUAUGCGAUAAUGCGAAAAUGUGAUUUACAAAGUCCCAUCUUAUUGAGCCUUUUCACUGUUGGUGAUUGGGUCACUGCACUUCUUUCUCUUGCAGCUGCUUGUUCAUCUGCAGGAGUUACGGUUUUAUUCACAAAAGAUACUGAGUUUUGCAGGCAGCAACCUGCUCUCUCUUGUGAUAGGUUUCAGAUUUCGGUCGGUUUUGCUUUCUUUAAUUGGAUUUCGGCUGCUAUAUCGUCUCAUGCAAUGUUUUGGAUCUUGAUAUGA